UCGGCGAACAUGGCGGCGGCGACGGUCGGGCGGGACACUUUACCUGAGCACUGGUCCUACGGGGUGUGCCGGGACGGCCGCGUCUUCUUCAUCAAUGACCAGCUCCGCCGCACGACCUGGCUGCACCCGCGCACCGGGGAGCCAGUCAACUCGGGCCACAUGAUCCGCUCAGACCUGCCCCGCGGCUGGGAGGAGGGCUUCACGGAGGAGGGCGCCAGCUACUUCAUCGACCAUAACCAGCAGACCACAGCAUUCAGGCAUCCUGUGACGGGGCAGUUUUCUCCAGAAAACAGUGAAUUCAUUCUUCAAGAAGAGCUGAAUCCACAUAUGUCGAAGCACGAGAAAAACCAAAGACCGUCCAGCAUGGUCAGUGAAACAUCCACGGCUGGGACCGCCUCCACCCUGGAGGCCAAGCCUGGACCCAAGAUCAUAAAGUCCAGCAAUAAAGUCCACAGCUUUGGGAAGAGAGACCAGGCCAUUCGGAGGAACCCCAAUGUUCCCGUGGUGGUGAGGGGCUGGCUGCACAAGCAGGACAGUUCUGGGAUGAGGCUAUGGAAAAGGAGGUGGUUUGUGCUUGCUGAUUACUGCUUAUUUUACUAUAAAGACAGCCGAGAAGAAGCGGUCCUUGGGAGCAUCCCCUUGCCCAGCUACGUGAUCUCACCUGUGGCCCCUGAGGAUCGCAUAAGCCGCAAAUACUCCUUUAAGGCUGUGCACACGGGGAUGCGAGCGCUCAUCUAUAACAGCUCCACUGCGGGCUCUCAGGCCGAGCAGUCAGGCAUGAGGACCUACUACUUCAGUGCUGACACCCAGGAGGACAUGAACGCUUGGGUCAGGGCCAUGAACCAGGCUGCACAGGUGCUGUCUCGAUCAUCACUGAAGAGGGACAUGGAGAGGGUGGAGCGGCAGGCUGUCCCCCAGGCCAACCACACAGAGUCCUGUCACGAAUGUGGCCGGGUGGGACCUGGACAUAUGAGAGAUUGUUCUCAUCGUGGCCAUGAUGACAUUGUCAACUUCGAGAGGCAGGAGCAGGAGGGAGAGCAGUACCGUUCCCAGAGGGACCCGCUGGAGGGCAAGCGGGACCGGAGCAAGGCCAGGUCUCCGUACUCGCCGGCCGAGGAGGAUGCCUUGUUUAUGGAUUUACCCAGUGGCCCAAGAGGCCAGCAGGCACAGCCCCAACGGGCAGAGAAGAAUGGAAUGCUGCCUGCCUCAUAUGGCCCAGGAGAACAGAAUGGGACUGGCGGGUACCAGCGGGCCUUUCCUCCCAGGACCAACCCUGAAAAACACAGCCAAAGGAAGAGCAAUCUGGCCCAGGUGGAGCACUGGGCAAGGGCCCAGAAGGGGGACAGCAGGAGUCUUCCCUUGGACCAGACGCUUCCUCGCCAGGGUCCUGGCCAAUCCCUGUCCUUCCCAGAAAACUACCAGACUCUUCCCAGGAGCACCCGACACCCCUCGGGGGGCUCCUCGCCACCUCCCCGAAACCUGCCAAGUGACUACAAGUACGCGCAGGACCGAGCCAGCCACCUGAAGAUGUCGAGUGAAGAGCGCCGGGCGCACCGGGAUGGCACUGUGUGGCAGCUCUACGAGUGGCAGCAGCGCCAGCAGUUCCGGCACGGCAGCCCCACGGCACCCAUCUGCCUUGGCUCCCCAGAGUUCACCGACCAGGGCCGGAGCAGGAGCAUGCUAGAGGUGCCCCGCUCCGUCUCUGUGCCUCCAUCUCCCUCGGACAUCCCUCCCCCGGGACCCCCAAGGGUCUUCCCACCCCGGCGGCCACACACGCCAGCAGAGCGAGUCACAGUGAAGCCACCGGACCAGAGGAGGAGUGUGGACAUCUCACUGGGGGAUUCUCCAAGGAAGGCACGGGGCCACGCUGUCAAGAACUCGUCUCACGUGGACCGACGCUCCAUGCCCUCCAUGGGUUACAUGACCCACACCGUCAGUGCUCCCAGUUUACAUGGAAAAUCGGCUGAUGACACCUACCUCCAGCUGAAGAAAGACCUGGAGUACCUGGAUCUAAAGAUUAAAAAUAAUGAACCUUUGAUCAACGUGCUUUACAAAGUGCUGAAGAAGUCAGCACGGGGCUGUCGGCCCAGGAGAAGCAUGACAGGCCGGGACCUUCUCAAGGAUCGAAGUCUGAAGCCUGUGAAGAUCGCUGAGAGCGACAUUGACGUCAAACUGAGCAUCUUCUGCGAACAGGACAGGAUCCUCCAGGACUUGGAAGACAAGAUACGAGCCCUUAAAGAGAACAAAGACCAGCUAGAAUCUGUGCUGGAGGUGUUGCACAGACAGAUGGAACAGUACCAAGACCAGCCCCAGCACUUGGAGAAGAUUGCCUACCAGCAGAAGUUACUGCAGGAGGACCUCGUCCAUAUCCGAGCUGAGCUCUCCAGAGAGUCCACUGAGAUGGAAAAUGCUUGGAACGAAUACCUGAAGUUGGAGAAUGAUGUGGAACAGCUGAAGCAGACCCUGCAGGAGCAACACAGAAGAGCCUUUUUUUUCCAGGAGAAAUCGCAGAUACAGAAAGAUCUAUGGAGAAUUGAAGAUGUCACUGCAGGCCUGAGUGCAAAUAAAGAGAACUUCAGAAUUCUAGUGGAGUCUGUCAAAAAUCCAGAGAGAAAAACGGUGCCUUUGCUUCCUCACCCGCCUGUGCCUUCACUCUCAACUUCUGAGAGCAAGCCGCCCCUACAGCCCAGUCCUCCCUCCAGCCCUGUGCGGACCCCUCUGGAGGUUCGACUCUUCCCCCAGCUGCAAACAUACGUGCCGUACCGACCUCACCCACCCCAACUGAGGAAAGUGACAUCCCCCCUUCAGUCACCAACUAAGAUGAAGCCCAAAGUUCAGGAAGAUGAAGCCCCUCCCAGGCCCCCACUCCCCGAACUCUACAGCCCAGAGGACCAGCCCCCGGCCGUGCCGCCUCUGCCGAGAGAGGCCACCAUCAUCCGGCACACGUCCGUGCGGGGCCUCAAGCGGCAGUCAGAUGAGAGGAAGCGAGACCGGGAGCUGGGGCAGUGUGUGAACGGGGACUCCAGGGUGGAGCUGCGGUCGUAUGUCAGUGAGCCUGAGCUGGCGACCCUCAGCGGGGACAUAGCCCAGCCCUCCCUGGGACUUGUGGGCCCUGAGAGCAGGUACCAGACGCUGCCAGGCAGAGGGCUGUCAGGGUCCAUGUCAAGGCUCCAGCAGUCAUCCACCAUUGCUCCCUACGUCACACUCCGGAGGGGUCUCAAUGCCGAAAGCAGCAAGGCGACCUUCCCUAGACCCAAGAGUGCCUUGGAGCGCCUGUACUCAGGGGAUCACCAGCGGGGCAAGAUGAGUGCGGAGGAGCAGCUGGAGCGCAUGAAGCGACACCAGAAGGCCCUGGUCCGAGAGCGCAAGAGGACACUGGGCCAAGGGGAGAGGACAGGCCUGCCCUCAUCUCGCUACCUCAGCCGGCCACUCCCUGGAGAUCUUGGCUCAUGGAAGCGUGAGCAGGACUUUGACCUGCAGUUGCUGGAACGGGUCGUGCAAGGGGAAAAAAAGGACAAGGAGGAGAAUGGCUGGUUGAAAGUGCAGGCCAUGCCUGUCACUGAGUUGGACCUGGAGCCUCAAGACUAUGACUUGGACAUCAGCAGAGAGUUGUCCAAACCAGAGAAGGUGUCAAUUCCUGAGCGCUACGUGGAGCUAGAUCCCGAAGAGCCACCUAGCCUUGAGGAGCUGCAAGCGCGUUACCGCAAAGCUGAGAAGAUCCGCAACAUCCUCGCCCGGUCAAGCAUGUGCAACCUGCAGCCGACCUCAGGCCAGGACCGGAACAGUAUGGCUGACCUGGACUUGCAGCUGCAGGAGCAGGAGCGCAUCAUCAACAUCUCCUAUGCCCUGGCCUCCGAGGCCUCCCAGCGUAGCAGGCAGGUGGCAGCCCUGGCAGUGACUGACCCGUGACUCAGCACACGAAGGAGAAGCCUGGAGCCAGGGGCCCAGUGGAACCAGCUUCCUCCGAGGAGAUGACCUUUCUGCCCCCAAGGAAACCCCUUCCAGCUGAGCAGGGAAUCUGGCUGGAGGAAGGAGGAGCUUACUGACUACAGGUGUUCACCACAGGCCAGGUCCUAAUAUGCACCCACUAGUUUAGCUCAGACUCCUCUCUACAUAUAAAUGGUAAAGGCACUUUUGAUACACACUGUAAAAUACACUGUAUUUUAGAAUCGGAAUCUAUUUUCUAAUGUUCACCUCAUGGGCUGAGUGGCAGGAAGGGUGAGGAUGCAGGACUUUGCAGCUGCACAUACAGAUUCGGGUACUUUGGGUGACAGGUGUUGGGGGGUGGGAAGGGCGGGGCAAGCAGAGGCUAGUCCAGCUUCCAAUGACCUCAGGAGAAAGUGAGAUUUGAAGAGGUGUUCCCAGUAGACUCCAGCAAGAGGCUGGUUGGUGUGCUGUCUGGGAGAAGAGGGGCCCUUGGCUGCAGAGAUCAGCUGUCCCUGACCUGAUGACCCGCUCUAUGUGAAACUCCACCAGGAUGGCACGUGGAGCCCAAGUCUGUGCCUUGCCCCUUGGGUUUGGCUUAGGGGCAACAGUGUGUUCAAGAGUACUGGGCCCCACAGGCUUCCCUCAACAAAGGGCUCUUGUCAGAAAGAAAAAAGCAGUUUGCUUUCUCUCUUUUUUUUUUUUGAGACGGAGUUUCACUCUUAUUGCCCAGGCUGGAGUGCAGUGGCACGAUCUUGGUUCACCGCAACCUCUGCCUCCCGGGUUCAAGUGAUUCUCCUGCCUCAGCCUCCCCAGUAGCUGGGAUUACAGGCGUAUGCCACCACGCCCAGCUAAUUUUGUAUUUUUAGUAGAGACGAGGUUUCUCCGUGUUGGUCAGGCUGGUCUUGAACCCCCGACCUCAGGUUAUCCACCCGCCUCGGCCUCCCAAAGUGUUGGGAUUACAGGUGUGAGCCACCACGCCUGGCCUGCUUUCAUUUUUAACAGUACACAUUAAAGUACAGAAAACGUGAGAGGAAGCAACUUUCAUUGUAUUAUAGCAAUAAACUCCAUACUGGGUGACAUCUACCUAGAAAUCCCUUCCCUCCAACCAGGCCAUGAUGGGAACCUUUGCGGCCUGCCCUUGGAGAAUCCCGGGUUGGCUUCCUGGGACUCAGGUCUGGUGGCAGGAGGGCAGCAGUGUGCCCCCACUAUCCCUCAUGGCCUGCCGCCAGCAGGGCCAUAAUGGCAGGACUUGGAUUUGACUUCCAGCCCCACAUGAGGGGGGGACUACCAAGCCAGGUGCAGUGUUUGUGGUCCUUUAUUUAAGUGGUGUUCUUAUCUUAUUCUGCAUAUAAAAAAUGACGUUUAAAUGGAAAUACAACAACAACAAAAACCUCCAUUGGGUGGAGCCACACUUUAAAUGAAAACUUCUCUUUGACUAUGCUCAGAAAAAAAAUAGAAUUUUGAAUAUAUUUAGCAGUUGUCGUCUAUUUUUAACUAACUCCAUAUGCUGCCAGUAUCAACUUCAUGACAUUUGCCAAAAUAAAAUUUUAUUUUUGCCUUUGUAAGAUUUUCUUGGAGAAAAUGAAAUGAAUAUUUUGCAAGAAAAAGUUAAUUUAAAAAUGUAAUGGUUUGCAAAAAAAAAUGUGAUGUACAGAUUAAAAUAUUAACCUGA